AUGAUAUUGUUCGGAAUGAAACUUUGCCGUAGCGAAAUCCCGUUGUCACUGUUUCUGGCCGGGCCGGGGUAUACUAAAUUACCUGCUCGUUGGCGGUCGUCGAGAAAGAACUCGCCGGUGAGAAAAGUCGACAAAGUUCGGGAGAGAAGAAGUUCGGCGUAUAAUAGCACAAAGACCUGGGCAGGUCGACCCGCGAAAAACGGUGUCGGCGCGGAAGAAGAGGUUAAGCGGAGUGGAAAUGAAAAAGCAAUAAAAAAAAAAAAAAAACAACUAAGAAUGAAAAGAACCCUCAACGCGAACGCACUCCAGUAA